AAGAAGAUAAGUGAAAGAGUAGACAAAUUAUAGCCAUAGAACGGGCGAAAGAGAAACACUGCGAAGGGAUGGCAACGCUUGUGACCAUACCAUCUUCGUUCACAAACCAGAAGCUUCUCCAUGUUCAAGGCAAGGCGAAGCUUCGUCUUCUUCGCACCCAAACCCAGAGGUCAAGCAAAUUCAGGGUACGGGCAGCAAAGCUCCCUGCUGGGGUGGAGAUUCCCAAGAUUGAGCCAAAGCUCACGGAACCCUUUCUCGGAUUCACCAAUACUGCUGAGAUUUGGAAUUCUAGGGCUUGCAUGAUCGGCCUCGUAGGGACCUUCCUCGUUGAACUGAUUUUUCAUAAAGGAAUUCUGCAAAUAAUUGGUGUGGAUGUGGGCAAAGGCCUUAAUCUUCCUCUUUGAUGCUGCUCUCGUUAAUUGUGUUGUGUAGCAGAAAAAAUGAUAUAAUUUUGUUUAUAAUUUUCAGUAUCAGUUGAAACUUAUUCAUUUUGAUGCUUUUGAAUAAGCUUAGAUUGAGAUUUUUUUUU